GCGCGCUCACGUACGCAGGUUCGCUUGAUUCCGUUGUGCCUACACUGGAGUAUUCCUGAAGAUGACCGACGUCUGUGAAACACCAUUUUGGGUGAGCGUAAACGUGACGGGAAAUGCAUUUCCUGUUCUCACUCCGUGCUUCGAGAACACAGUCCUGGUGUGGAUUCCCUGUGUCUUCAUAUGGCUCGCAGGGCCCAUCGAACUGUAUCGCCUUGCUGAGCACUACAGAAGACCUUUGGGAUGGUCGGCCAUCGGGGCUGCGAAACUGGUGUUGAGCGUGUUCCUGAUACUGUUCAUCCAAGUGGCUGGAGCGCACCACGCGAGAUACGCUGAAGAAUAUAUCGGGAACGUCAUCAAAGUGAUCACUCUGGUGUUGGUGAUGGUGCUGCAGAGACUGGUGGUUAUCGGCGGGCAGUCGUCAUCCGCCAUUGUGUUCACCUUCUGGCUGCUGUUUACGUUCAGCGCGGCUGUCGGAUUCUCGAGCUUCAUCAGGGACGUUCGAAACCAUAUGGCAUGGAAUGCUGUGAGAGGCUGGCUGUCUACGGUGACAUUUUUGGUGUCCGAUAUGCAGCUAGUGUUAUCUGCGUUUGCCGAGAAGGUUCACGUACAUAAACCGCCCAUAGCCGAAGCGCCGUUCUUCUCUAGGCUUACAUUUUACUGGGUCAAUUCGCUCGUCUGGAAGGGUUACCGACGUACUCUAACCGAAGCGGACAUGCCACCACCAGUUUCUGACAUUCGGCCCAAGUCCUGUUGUCAACGGAUGUCCACUCAUUGGAAACCACAACCAGGCCACUCCAGGGCAACCUCGCUUCUGCUGAGCCUUAUACGUGCCUUUUUACCGAGCAUCCUGUUGAUCGGUUUUCUCGAGACUGUCUUCUGUAUCUUCAUAUUCAUACCCAUCUACUUGCUCGAUGUCCUGGUACGAUACGUACAGUCGGACGAUCCGGCAUGGAUGGGCUACAUGUACGCCAUCAUCAUGGCUUUCUCGCACACGGUUGCCAGCCUCCUCUACUCUCAGGUGCAUUACCAAUCUGUGUUACUGGCGCUCCGAGUAAAGUCCACAUUGGUUGCUUCGCUCUACAGGAAAGUGCUGUCCAUCUCAAGUACUGCGGGUCACCCGACUGUGGGUGAAGUGGUGAACUGCUUGACGUUGGACACUGACAAGGUGUUCCAGGCAGUCUUGUUCACCGGCGAAAUUUGGGGGGCGCCGCUUCGCCUCGUUCUGACCUUGGUGAUGCUCUGGCAAUACCUAGGGCCUUCCUGUCUCGUGGCCGUCGGCAUCGUCUUGCUCAUCCUCAUCUUUUCCUUCGUCUUUGCCAAGAGCAUUCAGUCUGUUCAAGCAGCACAGAUGUCCACCAAAGACUUGAGAGUGAAGUACAUCAACGAGCUCUUCAACGGGAUCAAGAUCUUGAAACUGUACGCGUGGGAGGAACCCUUCGCUCAACGAGUCAGUGACGUCCGUGAACGCGAAGUGGCGCAUCUGCGGAAGAUCGUCCAUUUCUUUGGCGUUGUCAACCUUGUUUGGAAUUGCAUUUCCUGCCUGGUCGCCCUGGUGACAUUCGUGACUUUCCUGCUGGUUCGAAAGCGUUCUCUGGAGCCCUCGACCGCCUUCGUGUCACUGGCACUGUUCAACACACUUCGCUUCUCUCUCCUACUCAUCCCGGAUCUCAUAGUAGCAGCCGUCGUGUGCACUGUCGCUAUUCGUCGUAUGACCAAAUUGUUCCUGUGUGAGGACGUCAACCCUAAGCUCAUCGGCAGCCAUCCUGACGAAGGGGAUGCAGUAACGAUGGACAACGCGUCUUUCUCUUGGCAUCGCGAUGAGCGCGUCACGCUGGAAGACUUAAACGUGCACGUACCACUAGGGGCACUGGUGGCUGUAGUGGGACACGUCGGGUCCGGCAAGACCUCCUUCUUGUCCGCCAUCUUGGGAGAGAUGCAGUGUGUCAAGGGAUCUGUUAAUCGACGAAAGGGCAAGAUUGCCUACGUUCCUCAGCAGGCAUGGAUCCAGAAUGCCAGCGUGCAGCAGAACAUCCUGCUCAAGCGACGUCUACGUCCGCGGCUCUACGACCGUGUGGUAGAGGCCUGUCAGUUGCAGACGGAUAUUCAGGCUUUCCAGGCUGGCGACCUGACAGAGAUCGGAGUCCGGGGCGUGAACCUGAGCGGCGGACAGAAGCAACGCAUCAACUUGGCCAGGGCAGUGUACCAGAACGCCGAUAUUUACAUCAUGGACGAUCCGUUAAGUGCCGUAGACGCGCAGGUUUGCUCGGCAAUAUUCCACGGCGUCAUUGGCAGACGUGGACUGUUGCGCAGAAAGACGCGAAUUCUCGUGACGCAUAACCUGUCCUUGUUGGGCCACAUGGACAUGGUGAUCGUGCUGAAUGAGGGCCGAGUACGUGAAGUGCAUCGGGGACCCUUCGAUCCAGGACAACCUCCCCUUGCUGCCUUCGACGCUAUCCUUGCCCAGCGCAUGGUGCAGCCUUUAAGAACCAAUACAGGUGUCUCGCCAUCCACUCAACAAAAACCGUCACCGGAAGAAAAGUCCUAUGACAUGACUGUGGGCGAUCUGUCAUCUAUGUCCAUGGGCACGUACAAACGUCAGCCAGCACAGCUUACGCGUCCCGGGAGGAAAUAUCCUACAGCUGGACAGCUCAUUCAGGACGAAGCGUACGAGGUCGGAAAGGUGAGGUCAGAGGUCUACAGAGACUACGGACAUCGCUUCGGCUACGUGAUGGCAAUGUGGGUCGUAGUGGGAUACGCCGUGUGCAGAGCACUGGAUGUGGCUUCUUCUGUAUGGAUCAGCAUGUGGAGUCAGGAUGCGCCGCUGGCUGAUGGGUCUCCGGACCAACAUCAAAGGAACUUCCGGAUCAUCGUUUAUUGUCUCUUCGGCAUGGCGCAAGGAAUCUGUAUCUGGGUAGCCACUGUGAUCCUGGGUCUGCGCGCCCUCGCUGCCUCCAAAAGCUUCCACGAUAGUAUUCUCCAGCGCAUAGUUCGUGCACCUAUGUCCUUCUUUGACACCAUUCCCCUGGGUCGCAUCAUCAAUAGAUUCAGCAAGGACAUUGACCAGGCGGACUACCAGAUGGCAGUGGUGGCGGACUCGCUCCUAGAACACACUACAGACGUCAUUGGCAUCUUGUUUCUUAUUUGCGCCAGCAUUCCUUUUUUCAUGCUGGCUAUCGUCCCAUGCGUUGUCAUCUACCUUUUCAUUCGGAAAAUGUAUGUGCAAACGUCUCGGCAACUUCAACGGUUGGAGUCCGUCUCCAGGUCGCCGCUGUACAGCUGCAUUUCGGAGACCGUGAACGGUGUACACAGUAUUCGUGCCUAUGGUGUGCAGCAGGACUUCAUUCAAGUGGCAGACGUCCUCCUACUGCGCUACCUGAACUGUUACUACUACAUCAUGGCGGCUGAAAGGUGGCUUUCUGUUCGUCUUGACCUCUUGGGAAUGUUCAUCGGUCUCUUGACAGCCUGCCUCCUGGUGCGCGAGAAAUAUACCAUCGGUCCGGGCACCGCAGGAUUGACUCUACUCUACGCACUCAAGAUCACAGACGCCCUCAACUACUUAGUGCGAGCUACUGCAGACAUGGAGAACACGCUCAUCGCCAUCGAGCGGGUCCACGAAUUUACUCAAGUUGAGACUGAGGCACCUUGGAGGUUGACCCCGGCGCCGAGCCCCGAGUGGCCCGUGGACGGGGCGAUGAGUUUCAUUAAUUACAGCACACGUUAUCGACCGGGUCUCGACUUGGUGCUCAAGAACAUCAACCUCAAUAUUCAGCCAGCGGAAAAGGUUGGUAUCGUGGGACGGACAGGUUCGGGCAAAUCAUCCUUGACUCUGGCCAUGUUCCGAAUUGUUGAACCCGCUGAGGGCUGCGUGACCAUCGACGGCGUAUCCAUCGCGACGCUGGGUCUGCACGACCUGCGGUCACGGCUGACGGUAAUUCCGCAAGAACCCGUCCUCUUCUCUGGCUCCUUACGCAUGAACCUCGACCCAAACGGCACUUACACGGACGCUCUAGUCUGGGAAGCCUUGGAGAAGGCACACUUGGCGGAUUUCUUCCGUGCUAAGGCCGACGGGCUCGAUUUUGUUGUGCAAGAAGAGGGUCACAACCUUAGCCUUGGCCAGCAGCAACUCAUCUGCUUGGCCCGUGCCCUGCUGCGGAAUACAAAGAUCCUGGUACUGGACGAAGCGACUGCCUCCGUGGAUCCGGACACAGACGUCCUGGUACAGGAGACCAUCCGGCGAGAUUUUGCCCGCUGCACGGUCAUCACGGUGGCGCACCGUCUGCCUACCAUACUGGAUGCUGACAGGAUCAUCGUGCUGCGUGAUGGCGAAGUCGCUGAGUGCGGAGCGCCCGCUGACCUGCUCCAGGACGAGUUAUCGACGUUCCAUGCCUUGGCUGUCGAAGCGGGUAUCCGUCUCCGGAACGUCGAACGGGAACCCUCACCAGGAGAUCCGUUGGAGGACAUCCAAGUUGACGAAGGAGUUUCGCCCUCCCCCCCAGGGACAUAUCCUUAAACGUUCCCUGAAAUAAAUAAUAAAUUUAUCUUCUAUCAUGUU